AUGCCACUUGGUUCAGCAGAAAUCAGUGGCCAGUAUGACGUUGUGAGUUGCCGGGUAGAGAUGGGUAAUAGAAUUGUUCGAAUGAAACUAGUUGUUCACGAGAACGUAGACGUCCUGAUUCAUAACGCAGGUUAUGUAAGAGUAAGACAACACCUAGUAGGGAAGGGAGUCACGUUAGCAGAGCCUGACAGUAAGAGCGAUAAGUUACAGAACGUGCACAUUCUUGUGGGUGCAGACUAUUUUAAUUAUUUCAUUAUUGGAGUAGAAAAGAUCGAUGGGAUAAGUCUUUUUCUGACCCAUAAUGGCAUGUCGCCAUAUGGGAGAGUGCCACAGUGGCUAUUAGGUCACAAGAUAGAUCAUGUGAGAACACUCAGGGUAUGUAGGGUCGCGAGCGAACCAAUUGCAUUUGGUGUUGAUGAAUGGUGGUAUUUAGAUACCUUAGGCAUCGCCCCAUCUGAGCAGUACACUGUCCGCGAAGCGGAAGCCAUGCGAAAGGUUUCGCAGAGUGUAACGAAGAAGCCUGAAGGAUAUCAGGUUAGCUUGCCGUUCCGUUCAGAAGGUAGGCCAGAAACAAACUUUAGAAAUGCUGUAGCACAGCUGGAUUCGCUGCAAACCAAAUUUCAGAAAGACAAGGAAUACCAUAAUCAAUAUCAGGGAGUGAUCAACAAAUACCUGGAGGCAGGAUUUAUAUAUGAAGUAAAAGAUCCAAAAAUAGAAGGAUACUACAUGCCACAUUUCAGCAUUAAAAAGGAUAGCCGCACGACCCCCCUUAGAAUCGUAUUCAAUGCCUCAUCCAAAGCUAAGAAUAAUAAAUCCUUAAAUGAAUGCCUGUUACCUGGGCCUAAUUUAGUAGAGUUGGCCUAUAAUUUGCUUCUAAACUUCCGAAUGAAUAAAUACGCCAUGCUUGCAGACAUAAGCAAAGCAUUUCAUAGAGUACUAUUAGAUCCCCGUGAUGCCAAAUAUACAAGAUUCCUGUGGCGAGAGGUAGCAGGUCGAGCGCUGACCUUUGCUUUCGGAGUCGUGGUAUUCGGCAUCACGGCUAGUCCCUUUUUGUUACAACAAGUAUUGAGUCAUCAUAUUAGUUUAGAAGGAAGACCUGAAUUAAGCAAGUCAUUUUAUGUUGAUAACUAUGUCAGUACCUUUGAAAGUUUGGAUGAGAUGAAAAAGGAACAAGAAUCUGUCCACACAAUUUUGGAUAGGGCCAGAAUGCCGUUAGAAGGGCCCAUUGCCUAUUGA